UAAUGAGUUGAGUUGUACGAGGACAACACAUAUGUACAUCUCCGAGUGGAGCCUAGAAAUGUCCGGAUACAUCAUCUCACUCGGAUCUUACCUGAGCACUCAUGGAUCUCAUCUCACCUUUAUCUUGCAUUUAAGUAUUUUGUGUCAAAUGAACAGAGACAGAAACAUCAAGACUUUUCAGAUAUUAAAAUCCAAGAUUCCCAUCUACCAUUCCGCAGAAAGUCAAAGCCCCUAUCCCAUUAGCUAUCCUCCACUAACAACCCCCACUAAGCCACAGCCCACCUUGCGUCAUUAAAGGCGGGUUCCUCUACGCCGCCCCGUCCGUCCGCUAAAAAGCAAUACAUAACUCCCCAACCACCUUAUCCUACCCUACCCUACCCUUAGUAGCCUAGCAACAAUGCUAUCAUCCCUCUGGAACCCCCCCGCGAAAAUGCCCGGCGGCCCCCCAACAAACGACACAACCGACCCCCCAGCCCCCCUCGUCAGCUCGUGGCAAGCGCGCGCAGAUGCAGGCGAGCCCGUCGCUGUUGUCCGCGUCCGCAACCUGCAGGCUUCGAUCCCCGUCGGUCGCGACGCCUGGGGCCGUGCCGGGCUCGCGCAGCCUAUUUUGCUUUCCUCGGAAGUCUCGUUCGCGCGCCCGUUUUCUGGGAACGCUGAUGCGGGGGAUGAGCGGGUUUCGGCGUCGGGCGACACGGAUUUACUGGAUGCUGGGACGGUGCAUUAUGGGAGCUUGAGCAAGACGCUGUUGGCGGGGCUGGAGGUUUUGAGGUUGGGUGGCAAGCCGGGAAGUGUGGGGACGAAGGUGGUAGGGGGUGUGGGAGAGGGAGGAGCACCUAGGACGGCGGAUGUGUUGGAGUUGUUGUGGGUGAGGAUGACGGGGCGUGUGGUUGAUGGGAGUUCGGUUGCGCUGCCGUUGGACCAGGUGCCGUUCUUGGAUGCGGCGACGCUGCGCUCGUUAGUGUUGACUAUUGGGUUGCCGAAGGCGUCGUUGCUGGGGGCUGGGGUUAGUUUGACGGUUACGGCGGGGUUUAGGGGGGAGUUUGCGGGAAAGGGCGAGGAGAAGGAGAAGGUGGCUAGUAAGAACCCCUUACAGUCGUACUCGAGAUGUCUGAGGAUCCAGGGGCUGCAUGUCCCGACGCUGAUUGGCGUUAACCCGAAUGAGCGUGAGGCGAAGCAGAUGGUUGUUGCGGAUGUUGAGAUUGAUCGGUAUGAUGUUGUGGAGGAUGUCCAUAGUGAUCUCGAGAAGAUUAUCGUGGAGACGAUAGAGACUUCGUCAUUCAAGACGCUCGAAGCCCUGGCAUCACAUGUGGCGAAUAGGAUACUAUCAGAUUUCAGAAUAGGCGAUAACCCGGCGCCCAUGAAAGAGCGAGGAUGGAAGGUCAAGGUCUGUCUCGAGAAGCCGAUUGCUGUGCCUUUUGCGGAGUGUCCUUCUGUGGAAGUGACUAUGGGAUAAUGCCCCCCUUUUAGUGAGAUGGCAAUAUUCAUGAUAUAUGAAUUGGUAUCAUUGUCGAUGAUGGACAAGGAUCACUCGGGCUGUUCAACACAUAUUGCUCUUCCAUUAUGAGAUAGAAGAUCUUAUGUCGAGCGAGGGGAUGUAUGCCCUCAUACAACUAUCUGCGGCUACUCUUCUGGGUGCCCCUAAAUGUAAGGCAAUUGCGAGAAACAACACCAC